CACUAAUUGCGUUACUUUUCCUUCUCCAUUUUUCAUUAAAGCUGAAUGAGUGAAGCAGUGAGCGAGUGAGUGAGGUAUAACACAGAAUCAACCCUCAACCUCAACCUCAACCACAACCUUAUCUUCCUUCUUCUGUGUUCUGCUACCUCACUAUCUACACAUGCAAACUCCUCCAACACUGUAACUAAAAUUCUUCCUAUAACUGCACAAACUAUCUUAUUGCCGUUCUGCGUGUUGGAAAAACAUUUUGUUUUACCGACAACCCAUUUGGAAAAAGGACCCAUCUUUGAGGGAAAGAAUGGGAGGUGCCAAAUCUAGAUCUUCCAUUCUACUGCUCUUUCUCUUUGUGUUCUGUGUUUUUGCAAGGGCGCAACAACAGCAACCUAUAAAAAACGUUGUUGUUUUGGUUAUGGAGAACCGUUCCUUUGACCACAUGCUGGGGUGGAUGAAAGAGAGAAUAAACGCGUUAAUCGAUGGGGUCACGGGAGAUGAAUGCAACCCUGUUUCUACUAAAGGUUCGAAGAAAGAUUCAAUUUGCUUCACUGAUGAUGCGGAGUUCGUGGAUCCGGAUCCGGGGCAUUCAUUUGAAGAUGUGUUGCAGCAGGUAUUCGGGUCUGGUUCGAUCCCUUCCAUGAAUGGAUUUGUGGAGCAAGCAUUGUCCGUGUCUCAGAACCUCUCCGAGACUGUGAUGAAAGGGUUUAAGCCCGAGGCUGUGCCGGUUUAUGCUGCUUUGGUUAAGGAAUUUGCUGUUUUUGAUAGGUGGUUUUCUUCAAUCCCUGGUCCAACACAACCCAAUAGGCUUUUUGUGUACUCAGCAACCUCUCAUGGUUCCACAAGUCAUAUCAAGAGGCAGUUAGCGAAAGGGUACCCUCAAAAAACCAUCUUUGACUCUCUGCAUGAGAAUGGCCUGGACUUUGGGAUUUACUUUCAGAACAUACCCACAACUUUGUUCUAUAGGAAUCUGAGGAAAUUGAAGUACGUAUUCAAGUUCCAUCAGUAUGAUUUGAAGUUCAAGAGAGAUGCCAGAAAUGGGAAGCUUCCACCCUUGGCUGUGAUUGAGCCUAGGUACUUUGACUUGAAGGGCUUGCCUGCGAAUGAUGACCACCCAUCUCACGAUGUUGCACAUGGCCAAAUGCUGGUUAAAGAGGUUUACGAGGCUCUAAGAGCCAGCCCUCAGUGGAAUGAAACACUUUUCAUCAUUACAUAUGAUGAACAUGGUGGAUUUUUUGAUCAUGUCAAGACCCCUUUUGUCAACAUUCCAAAUCCAGAUGGCAACACCGGACCUGCUCCCUAUUUCUUCAAGUUUGAUAGGUUAGGGGUUCGGGUUCCUACUAUUAUGAUCUCUCCUUGGAUCAAGAAAGAAACUGUGAUAAGUGGUGCCAAAGGACCUGCUGAAAACUCAGAAUUUGAGCACUCUUCUAUUCCUGCAACCAUAAAGAAGAUCUUCAACCUUUCCUCCAACUUUUUGACCCACAGGGAUGCUUGGGCUGGGACAUUCGAGCAUGUUGUUGGAGAGUUAAGUUCACCCAGAACGGAUUGCCCAGUGACUUUGCCGGACGUGACCCCACUAAGGAGCACUGAAGCAAAAGAAGAUGCAGGCUUGUCUGAAUUUCAGAGUGAGAUAGUUCAAUUGGCAGCAGUUCUUAAUGGGGAUCAAUUUUUGAGCAGUUUCCCUGAUGAAAUGAGCAAGAAGAUGAGUGUGAAGGAAGCUCAUGAGUACGUUCGAGGAGCUGUCUCAAGGUUCAUAAGAGCCAGCAAAGAGGCAAUCAAGUUAGGGGCUGAUGAAUCUGCCAUUGUGGAUAUGAGGUCCUCUCUCACUACUAGGUCUUCAGUGCAUAAUUAAUACAAAGCAAAACGAAAAAAACAACAAAGAGAAAAGAAAGUUGUGUGGCUAUCACUGUAUCUAAGUAUUAUAGUUUUGGGUCAUCUGAUAAUUCUUGUGCUAGAUUUUGCUGUUGUGAAAGUGGAAUGCUAUAGAAGGGUGAAGGGUGUUUGCUAGAUUGCUAUGAGUAUCAGUUGGUUGUGAAAGGACGGAAGUCUCUCCAGGUGACAAAGUCUCUGCCUGAUAGAAUUUAAGGAAAUUUAAGAAAAAUAAUCAAGAAAAUGAUGGGUUGGCAAGUGAGUAAUUUCGAAAUAGAAAACUCCAUUGCUGUUGUACAAAGUACCAACUCAUAAUAUUAAUGAAGCUCCAUAAUUUUUAUCA